GACACCGUGGACCGCUGGCUCUAUGUCAGACUACGACGAGGUGACCGCCUUCCUGGGCGAAUGGGGCCUCUUCCAGCGCCUCAUCUUCUUCCUACUCAGCGCCAGCAUCAUCCCCAAUGGCUUUACUGGUUUGUCAGCCGUGUUCCUGACUGCGAGCCCGGAGCACCGUUGCCUGAUACCGGACACCUUGAACUUGACCAGCGCGUGGCGCAACCACAGUAUCCCAUUGGAAACGAAGGAUGGACGACAGGUGCUUCAGAGCUGCCGGCGCUACCGACUGGCCACCAUCGCCAACUUCUCAGCGCUGGGGCUGGAGCCCGGACUGGACGUGGACCUGGAGCAGCUGGAGCAGGAGAGCUGCCUGGAUGGCUGGGAGUACAACCAGGAUGUCUUCCUGUCUACCAUCGUGACUGAGUGGGACCUGGUGUGUAAGGAUGACUGGAAAGCCCCACUCACCACCUCCUUGUUUUACGUGGGUGUGCUGAUGGGCUCCUUCAUUUCGGGACAGCUCUCAGACAGAUUUGGUCGGAAGAACGUGCUGUUUUUGACCAUGGCUAUGCAGACUGGCUUCAGCUUCCUGCAGGUCUUCUCUGUGAACUUCGAGAUGUUUACUGUGCUCUUUGUCCUCGUUGGCAUGGGCCAUAUAUCCAACUACGUGGCAGCAUUUAUCCUGGGAACAGAAAUUCUUUCCAAAUCAGUUCGAAUUAUAUUCGCCACCUUAGGAGUUUGCAUAUUUUAUGCAUUUGGCUUUAUGGUGCUACCUCUCUUUGCAUACUUCAUCAGAGACUGGAGGAAGCUGCUGAUGGCAAUCACUAUGCCAGGCGUGCUGUGUGGGGUUCUCUGGUGGUUCAUCCCCGAGUCCCCCCGAUGGCUAGUAUCUCAGGGGCGAAUUAAAGAGGCAGAGGUGAUCAUCCGCAAAGCUGCCAAAAUCAACAGGAUCGCUGCACCUUCCACUAUCUUUAAUCCAAGUGAGUUACAAGAUCUAAAUUCCAAGAGGCCUCAGUCGCACCACAUUUACGAUCUGAUCCGAACCCGAAACAUCAGGAUCCUCACCAUCAUGUCCAUAAUCCUGUGGCUGACCAUAUCAGUGGGCUAUUUCGGACUUUCUCUUGACACUCCUAACUUGCACGGGAACAUCUAUGUGAACAGCUUCUUUUUGGCUGCUGUUGAAGUCCCAGCCUAUGUGUUGGCCUGGCUGUUGCUGCAGCACGUGACUCGGCGUUAUUCCAUGGUGGCUUCCCUCUUCCUGGGUGGCAGUGUCCUUCUCUUCGUGCACCUGGUACCUUCAGAGUUGAAUUAUCUGUCUACUGCCCUGGUGAUGGUGGGAAAGUUUGGAAUCACCUCUGCCUACUCCAUGGUCUAUGUGUACACAGCUGAGCUGUACCCCACUGUGGUGAGAAACAUGGGUGUGGGGGUCAGCUCCACAGCAUCCCGCCUCGGCAGCAUCCUGUCUCCCUACUUUGUUUACCUUGGUGCCUAUAACCGCUCCCUGCCCUACAUCCUCAUGGGAAGUCUGACCAUCCUGACAGCUAUCGUCACCCUCUUCUUCCCAGAGAGCUCUGGUGCUUCUCUCCCAGACACUAUCGACCAGAUGCAGAAGGUGAAAAGACCCAGCUCCCAGCCGCAGCCCGAGACCCCUCGAGUUCCUCAGAACAAGACCUCUGAGAGCCUCUUCUGUGAGCGUGGAGCAGUGCCGCAGCUCUGGCACUGCCUUCCACAGGCCUUCUUCCUCCCCACGUAG